AUGAGCUUAAACGUUCUCAAGCAGAAGUUGAAAAUCGCAUUGAUUCAAGUCGCUGCUGGAGGUCCUGACAAAAAUGCCAAUUUGAGCAGGGCUGGCAGUUUCAUCGCCAGGGCGAUGAAGGAGCAACCGGACACGCAACUAGUAGUGUUGCCAGAGUGUUUCAAUUCCGUUUAUGCGACGGAUCAAUUCCGUAAGAACGCUGAAGUUGUGGGUCCUGACUCGCAAUCGUUCCAGUUUUUGAGCCGGGCAGCGCGGGAGCACAAGGUGACACUUGUAGGCGGGUCAAUUCCGGAACUGGAACCUUCGACGGACCGCAUUUUCAACACAUGUCUCAUUUUCGACAGCGCCGGCGAAUUGAUCGGUCGGCAUCGUAAGAUGCAUUUGUUCGACGUGGACAUUCCAGACGGGAUCACGUUUCGCGAAAGCGAUACGUUGAGCGGCGGGUCUAGUUCGACCACGAUCUCGCGGUCGUUUGGGUCGUUUGGAGUCGGUAUUUGUUACGAUAUUCGUUUCCCAGAAUUGGCCAUGAUUAGCGCGCGUCGCGACGCAUUUGCGAUGAUCUAUCCCAGCGCGUUCAACACCGUCACGGGACCCAUGCACUGGCAUUUGCUCGCGAGAUCACGCAGUGUGGACAACGAGAUCUACACCAUUCUGUGCUCACCUGCGCGGGUUCCGGGUGGCGGGUACCAAGCGUAUGGUCACAGUCUAGUGGUGGAUCCGCAAGGCAAUGUCAUUGCAGAGGCCGGCGAAGGGGAAGAGAUUGUGUACGCGGAAUUGGACCCAGAGUCGAUUGCAAAAAUGAGGCGCUCGGUGCCCGUGACCACGCAGCGGCGGUUCGAUGUCUACAAGGACGUGAGUUCGGACGCCAAGUAG